AUGGAGGGCCGCGAGGCAGAGAAUAGCUGCCGUCACUCUGCCAGAAAAAAGCAGUUUAAUGGAGCCUCCCCGAGCGAAUCAGAUCCCAAAAGCUCAGAGGAAGAGGUCAAAACCUCGGAGCUGUUUGAGAGGUGGAGGAACCUGCAGGUGGCUCUGGACUCUCCGCUUGAAGCCUGUUUGAUUUACGUGAAGCACUAUGAACCCUACCUGAAGGAUCCAGUGGGCUACCCCAGAGUGAUGAUGCUACACUUGUUCUUCUAUGGACUACCUCUGUUGGGUGCCUUUGUUUACGGUCUCCUCAAGCCUGGGUGCACAUGGAUGUCAGACUGGACUUUGUUUUUAGCAGGAGCCAUGAUCCAGUGCCAGUGGGCUCACAUCGGGGGGUCUCUCCACCCUCGUACUACGGCUCAAUUUCGUAUCCCAAAUGGGGUUUUCUGGUCCGUGCUGGUAGCUAACCUGCUUUAUGCAGUCACUCCCAUCCUGGUGGCCUUGAGGGUUUGCAAUAACCCCUACUUCUUCCUGAAGAUCGCUCCGUUUCCUGGGCAGACCGGUUUGCCAAACAGUGAAGAGAAAGAUACCAAGAUCAAAGACAAAUAGUUAUUCUUAAUCUUAUCUGACCUUUGGAGGUAAAUACCUGUGUGAUUAUUCAUGAAGAGUUGUUU